AUGGAUUGUGUUUAUGUUCUCGACUGGGAAGAGGUGCAGUACCUCGUUGAUUACAGCUAUACCUGUCUAGGAUCAGGGUCACACGGCGCUGCCUACUUAGUUGAUUGGUAUGGGGAGGAAAACGUCCUGAAGGUGGCCCAUAAGACUCUUUCACUAAAGAGCUUCUGGAAAGAGGCAGAAAAACUAGUUCAUCUCAACGGGGCCGGCGGGGCACCAAGGGUAACCGGUUUCUGUCAAGAUCCACCAGCUAUUUUGCAGGAAUUCAAAGGGCGUUACACACUGAAAGACAUUAUUGAAGAAUUUGUGGAGGAAAAAUUCACCCAGUAUGACAUACUAGACUUGGCACUGCGGAUUGGGGAGCAACUGUACGAAUUUCACCAAACAGGAUUGAUCCAUAAUGACUUAAAGUUUGACAACAUUCUCAUCAACGGUCCACCAACCAACCCACAAGUCAGCAUUAUUGACGUGGGUUUGGCCUGUUACUGCCACGAGAACAUUAAGUUCGUCGGCGGUACAGGGAAGUACCCCUGGAUGGCCCCCGAGGUCCGUGAGGGCUAUAGCAGCACGAAGGCCUCGGACACAUACUCCUUUGGAGUUUUGUUGUCUAACCUGGCCAACAUGGUGCUCGGGGUCCACCCAGAGGUGUGUCAUCUCGCCAGCCAGGCCAUGAAGCCCCACCCUCGUCAACGCAUACAUUUGCGGAGCCUUCUUCAUCGUCUCCGAAGAAUCCUUUUCCAAAAGAACAUGGACUCAGAAUGA